UUCCAACACUUUAAUGUUGUUUGUAUGUUCAGCAACAAUUUUUUUUAUAUUAUAUGUUUAAAUGUUACUAGUGUGCAAAAUUCCAAGUGAAUAGUUUUCUUAAUCAAGAGACAUAAUGGACGUGGACAUGGACGAGGACGUGAAGAUGCUAGACUCUGAGAACAGAUCAGAGAGGACCAAUCAAACCGAUCCAAGAUUGAAACAUUUAAUCAAUGCUGCCAAAUUAUGGAACCGAAUGCCUUUGAAGGGUAAGGAAGCGUAUCGGAGUGGACACAACGAUACACGCAACAGUCAAAAGCAAAGUUGUAUGGAAUUCUGCGAUGAAGCAGAUUGCCCAAUGACUUCUUCCGAUGAUAUGCGAUGUCCACGCCGCUCACGUGGUCAAAGAGCAAAGCCUCAGGCACACAAAACGACGACCAAAUGCGCCCAACCAGCUGUACGUAAACGCAAGAAACCCAACAAAUGGGUGAAGCCGGGCCCGAUCACAAAUAAUGCUUAUCUGAACUUCGUACGCACCGUUAGACGCAAGUAUUGCGGUCUCCUAGCUAAGCAACUUGUCAUGUUGGCCGCCCAACAGUGGAGGUGUCUGAGCGAAUCAAAGAAACAAAGAUAUCGUCGUCAGGCUUACCAGGUCAGUGCCAUGGAGCGCCAAAAACGUCUGUCCAAUUACUGUAAGAAGUAACGUUUUAAUUAUGACUCUUAAGAUACAACGUUUUCAGUUAUUUUAAAGGUGCAAAAUUUC